GUCCGUCAAGAACCUCUGCUACCGCCCUACCAUCGACGUGGCCGAGGAGAGCGAGGAGCGAGCGCACCUGAUAGGCUACGGCAACCACAACUUCUCUGGCGUCAACGGCGGCGGGAAGCCAGGACAAUGGAUGCGGCCCAAGCACAACGAGGACAUCAUCGAUGCAGAUUCCCUUCAUUCAUUCAGCUGGUUGCCCGUGAGGAUGAUUGCCUUCUUCACGUAUUUCAUUAUCGGCUGGUGGAUUCUGCAGGGAUUCGUGCAUGGAUGUAUGAUCGGCUUCGACAGCCACAACACGAUGGAGAGCUUCACCGGCUCGGACGACAUGUCCCCCCUGCUCCAAGAUGCCAUGGAGCUCCCUCUCUCGCGCUUUACGGAGAGUGCGGACGCCUGA